ACUGACGUCAAAACAGGAAGUGUUCAUGCUGUUCAAGUUUUGUGAUAUUAUUUACUGCUUAUUUCACAAAACAAUUCCGUUUGUCUUAACUUUACUUGUCGAUGCACCGUGUGGCGUCGUGAGCACUCUCAGGUAACCAAACAGCAGGCGAUUCUCAAUCUCAACACAAGCCCCGAGACAUGCAGACAGAGAAAGAGGAUGAUGAGGAUGAUGAUGAUGCAUCCGUUGAAGAUUUCCGCAGCGGGGACACGCUACUCGUGAAGCCUGCUUCUGAGGAGGAGGAGGAGGAGGAGGAGGAGGAGGAGGAGGACACCUCUCUGGAGGACCGAUGGCAAGAUGAAGAAUAUUUUGGCCAUUAUGGGACCCUGAGACUUCACUUGGAGAUGUUGUCAGGUAGGAGGCGCACUGAGGCGUUCAGGCAGGUUAUCCUCAGCAACAGCGCUUCUCUUAGGGAUAAGGUGGUGAUGGACCUUGGCAGUGGGACUGGCAUCAUCAGCCUGUUCUGCGCUCAGCUGGCACAACCCUCAUAGGUGUAUGCUGUGGAAGCGAGCUCCAUGGCGGAGUACACCAGACAGCUGGUGAAGCAGAACGGCUGCGAGGAGGUGGUGACGGUGCUCCAGGGACGAGCUGAGGAGAUCGAUCUACCUGAGCGGGUGGACGUCCUGGUGGCUGAGUGGAUGGGAAACUGCCUACUGUUUGAGUUCAUGGUGGAGUCAGUUUUGCUGGCCAGGGACCGCUGGCUUAAAGAAGGUGGCGUAAUGUGGCCUUCAUCCGCGUCCCUCACCCUGGUGCCAUGUCAGGCCAACGGCUAUUACGCAGAGAAGAUGGACUUCUGGGAGCAGCCCUAUGGACUGGACUUUACUCCUCUUCAAUCCGGUUUGACUGAUCCACCAGCAGGCAGCUGGUCUCAGGCAGCAACUAACUGGUGUCUUUGUAAGUUGCCUCAAGUUGCCCUGAAACCUAAAAAUGAAAACAGACAGAAAAACAACCUCAUCGAUCCCAACGACUGACUCACGGCUCCCUGUGAUGUUGUGCGCCUGGAUUUGUACACUUUGCAGAUAAAAGACCUGGAGGAAAUAAAGGGGCAGUUUCACUUUUGUGUUGAAAAGUCUGGUGUGUUUCAUGGAGUCACCGCCUGGUUCACUGUUCAGUUUGAAAGCCUGGAGAUGGGAGGAGCAACAGUGGAGUUAAACACCGGACCUCACUCUGAGCCAACGCACUGGAAGCAGACUCUGUUCAUGCUGGACCGCCGGUCAGUUUUGGCGGGAGACUCCAUCAGUGGAACCAUCCUCCUGCGCAGGAACCCCGUCUGGAGACGCCACAUGACCAUCAUCCUGCACUGGAGCAUUAAUAGCAGCACGGGGGAAACGGAAAAAUGCCAGGUUGGGACAAAGACUUUCCCCAUGUGGAGGUGACGGAUUCUCUGUAAGUGUUGGAAAUCAGCAGGGACACAUGACGUGAGCUGUAAGCUGCUGCUGACCUGGAAUGAAGAGCAACGGUCAAAGGCCUGGGAAAUACAGAACACCAUGACCCAUGUUAAAAGGGCAUCAAAGAAGUUACAUGCUACAAAUGAACAGUGGAGCAUUAUUUUAACUGUAUUAUAUAUACAAAUGCUCAUGGUGCUAGGUGGAAAAAGGCUUUAUUGAGACAAUGGUUGAAACCGGAAACAACAAACAGUUUUGAACAGAUAUUUGUGGUCUCAUGUGCAAAAAGCAGAAGCUUUUGUGUUUAUUUUUACUCUUAUGUGCAUAUUGUUUUACAAUAGGCAAUUGACAUAUUAAAUUCAAGUGUUAACCAUAAACAGAAACAGAUUAACCAUAAUUUAUAAUGGUUUGAGAUGAAUCAUUUUUGUAUAUUCGAAGAUUAGAGUGAACAUUGUAUGCCACUUAAAUUCUUAAUUAUCCUAAUGAGUUCAAAUAGGCAUUACAUUUUACCUAGAGAUAUUAAAUAACAUUCAUUAUUUUUAAGUAAAAUGACUGUACAAAAAGUAAACUCUGUGAUACAAAUAAAAUAACGUUUUGGGAGUUAUUGAA